AUGCUGCCUCUCGCGCGCUCAACUGCUCUCCUACGGAAUCAACUUGCCCAUCGUCUCCCAGUCAAACGCGGCCCCCUUUUCACAUCACGAUCCCACUCAACCCAGGGACGCCCAGCAGAACCGUUACAACCUUUACUAGUCCAUGGUAUUAAAAGCUCCCCACUCGCAAGGCCAUUCUCAUCCACGCACAAAACCCGGGCUACGAGCCCACAAACGCCUCCACCAAAUCCGUCGCCUGAAACCCGGACUAGAGAGCAAAAUGCGAACCCGAGCUUUGAAUCAACAGGCUUUAGCGGGAUGUUCAAGGGCUCUUCCCGAGGGGUGAAGAUUGUCGUUAUUGGGGCAUUGUGUGUCGUGGCGACGGCGGAGAGUAUUGCCUGGUCCGUUUGGGGGUGGUCGAAAGUUAAGGGGUAUUUUGGCAACGGGGAUGAUGGCAAGGGCGGGGACGAAGGGGCAGAUGGGUUGGCGGGAUCUGAACGGCCUUAA